AUCAACUCCUAUCCAAGCACCCACCCGACCAAGUCUCAUUUCUUCCGACCCCUCUCCUCCGCCUUCUAUCUCUUUCUCUCUCUCCGUUUCCCCCUAUUUUCCAGCAACUAGGGUUUCUGCUUCCCUCUUCACUGCUCUAUUUCCCAUAAACCCAGCAAGACUUCUCAGUCUUCGGCUUUUCUCAGUAUUGUCCAAGCCUUUUAACCCGAAAAUAAACAUAAAAAACCAUUUUUCAUAUUUUUCUCAGUCCUUUUCGUUUUCCUACUUACUGAUUUUCCCAGAAAAAAAAUUUAUCAUUUUUCAGGGUUUUUGAGUAGUCAAAGCUAAAGGGCUCCUACUGAAACUGAGAGUUAUGGCGAAGACUAAACCUGGGAAGAAGGACCUGGAUUCUUACUAUAUUAAGGGCACCAACAAAGUUGUCAGACCUGGAGAUUGUGUCUUGAUGAGGCCAUCAGAUCCCGAUAAGCCCCCAUAUGUGGCACGAGUGGAGAAGAUUGAGGCAGACCAUCGAAACAACGUGAAAGUCCGGGUAAGGUGGUAUUACCGGCCUGAGGAGUCUAUUGGGGGUCGCAGACAAUUCCAUGGGGCCAAGGAACUUUUCCUUUCAGACCACUACGAUGUGCAGAGCGCUCACACCAUUGAAGGAAAGUGCAUUGUGCACUCAUUCAAGAAUUACACCAAGCUCGAGAAUGUGGGUGUUGAAGAUUACUUUUGUAGGUUUGAGUACAAAGCAGCCACUGGAGGCUUCACCCCCGAUCGUGUUGCUGUGUAUUGCAAAUGUGAGAUGCCUUACAACCCAGAUGACCUGAUGGUGCAAUGUGAAGGGUGCAAAGACUGGUUCCACCCUUCUUGUAUGGGCAUGACUAUUGAAGAAGCAAAGAAGCUGGAUCAUUUUUUGUGUUCUGAUUGUUCGUCUGAUGAUGAUGCAAAGAGGUCUUUGAACUCAUUUCCUGUUUCACCAUCUAUUGAGAAGUGGAGCCUAAGCGCAGAAAGAGAUGACAGGUUGAUCUUGUUGAACUGCGGGGAGAGGCUCAUUUUCGCGUUUAGCUCCAGAGUUUGUUGUUGUGUUGUUGAAUUGUACAGUGAAGAAAAAGAUACUGAGUGUGUUUGGAUUGAGAUGAUUUGAGAUAAAAUAAUUUGCUUCA